GGGUAGGUUUGUGGUAGCCCACCAAUCGGAAUAGACGUCUACUUUGUAGUCAGGCAGACAUAACCAAGUCGUCCAAUCACAAAAAAAUCUCAAAGGCUUUUUUGCUGUAUCUUGGCUCAGAUGGUGCUGGUGAGCACUGGUUAGUGUGUCCACAUGUUGGAGGAGCAGCUGCACCCGAGUGGAGAUGUCUCCCUACAGGGGGAGGCUGGUCUGGAGGUGGUGGAGGGUGAGACGGAGCCCAGCAUGCUGCUGCAGAAGCUCAAGACCAACAUCUCUAAGAAUGUUCAAACCAAAGUGGACCACAUCCUGCAAGAUGUUCAACGUUUCUCCGACAACGACAAGCUCUACUUGUACCUCCAGCUGCCCUCGGGACUCGGCGCCGGCGACAAGAGCGGAGGUGAGAGUUCAUUCAACACAUCAGAGCAACUUCACACCUGCAACUGGAUCCGCAGCCACCUGGAGGAACACUCAGACACCUGCCUGCCCAAACAGGACGUCUACGAGACUUACAAGCGCUACUGUGAGAACCUGCAGCAUCGCCCGCUGAGUGCCGCCAACUUUGGGAAGAUCAUCCGUGACAUUUUCCCCAACAUCAAGGCCCGCAGGCUUGGUGGCAGAGGACAAUCCAAGUACUGCUACAGCGGCAUCAGGAGGAAGACGGUUCUCAACAUGCCUCUGCUGCCCAACCUGGACCUGAAGAACGACCCGGCGGAGCUGACUGAGCUGGUACAAACGUACAAGCAGGAGGUGACGGAGGCGGCGUGUGAGCUCAUCUGCGAUUGGGCGCAGAAGAUCCUGAAGCGUUCGUUCGACACGGUGGUGGAGAUCGCUCGCUACCUCAUCCAGGAGCACAUCGUCAACCCUCGCUGCAGCCAGGCCGAGCUGGUGGCAUCCGCGGCGCUCGCUGGGGGUCCCGCCAAGCCUCACAAGGUCAUCAAGAAAACGCCGCUUGCAUCCAAAUGUGAGGGCGAUGGCGCCGCUGACCACAAGAGGGACUCUGGAGACUCCGCCUCCUCGUUGGUUGUGAAGCUGCCGGCCGCUGACAAGUCCAAACCUCUGUCGCUGGAAGCCCCUCCGUCUCCUGCCUCCUCAUCGCUGCGUCCUGCGGUGGAGGCGUACAUGAAGCAGUUACCCAGAAUCCUCCCCCGAAGUUCCAUCCCCGACAAGAGCCAUCUGUCCGUGCGCUCCUCACCGCCCUCGCUGGCGCCCAAAGAUGCUUCAGGUGGGGGCGGGGCAUCCGGAACAGGCGGUCCCGCUGCUGCGGCAGCGGCCAGCGGCGGCGGCGUGAAGGUCAUUGCCAUGGCAACGCUGCCCCAACAGCAAGGGGGCCCAGUGCCGCUGAUGAUUGUUCCUCAGGGCUGUUUGUCCUAUGAGAGGGAGAAAGUCACUCCGCCCACCUCUGUGGUCCAGAAAGCACGAGAGGGCGCCAACAAGCGCCCCCUUGAGGUGACGUCGGGUGCUUCAUUGGGCGGACCUGGCAGCUUGGUGGCGCUACCAGUGAAACGGAAACGAGGAAGACCCAGAAAACCUCGACCGGAGGACGCUUUGCCUCCCCCCUCCCUUUCCCAACAGCCUCUUCCUCUACCUGCAGCCCCUACCCAUGGUCCUGUCAUCACCUCCGUGACGGGUGGCGUCAUCCAGAAGGCUUCCUCCUCCACAUCCGCCUCGCAGUCGGUGCUGGGGCUGGUGAUUCGGGAGCAACCGGGCCUGGUUCUGAGCCAGCUUCCGAUCACGUCGGACACCGGCCCGCGGCUGGUCGAGCAUCGGGGCGUGGUGGUGCAGUGCCAGCCAGGAGGGACCACCGAGCCGGACCACCACGCACGGCCGCUUCUCCUCUUCCAGAGUCCGGGGAACGCCGGCAGGGAGUUGGCAGCGGCGGCGACUGGACGCACGCCCAUGGUGGAGGUGAUCCAGAAGACUCCGAAACCCGGCAACAACAACAGCAGCGCUCCGCUUCCCCCUCCCAGGCUGCACCAGGAGCGCGGGGAAGUGGAAAUCACGCUGACGCCGGUUGAGGUCAGCCUCCCGCCGCCCCUGCCUUCUUCUGCUUCUGUCAAACAACAAGAGAAACAGGAAGAGGAGGGGGAGGGGCCUCCUCCUUAGCUUUGACCUCCCUCCUCGUCCCUUUUGGUGGAAAUCCCAGAUUGGCCGAGCCGAUCCAGGAGGAUGAAUGAAGCCAAACCUCGCUGACGGUCCAUCAGCUGCCACUGCACUUAACACGCACUGUGACCCCGCCCCCCAACCCACCCACGUUUACGCUCGCCAUCGCACAGCCGUCCAUUUGGAGGAAAGAGUUCAGUAUUGAUGGAGUUCUUUUGGUACUACGGGUUAGAACCUUGUCAAGGUUCUUUGUGGAUGACCUCUCUGAGCAGAACUCAGCCUUGUCAAUCAGCUGCUCUGUGUGUGUGUGUCAAAGACACGCCCCCGUCACACCUCCAUGAACAUGCACUUACUGUAUGACGUCAUCGCUGAUGACAGACCGAAAAGACAAAGCACAAAGCAAAUGUUCCGAUGCAGUAAAUGGACGUUUAUUAGCCUGCUAGCCCACCUAGCUCAUGCUUUGUUUGCACUAACACGCCUACAUCAGCAAAUCUUCUUUGCAUUAUCAGAAAAGGACAAUAAAGCUGACCUCGGAAGGAGGCGGAGUUUCACUCUGUUCACUUCACCGCUGGUGCUACAAUCCUCGGGGCCGCCGUGGACCUUCAUCGUUUUCCAUGUGUGUUUGUGUUGUGGAAUAACCGCAUCAUAAUAACGCCUUUGUUCCCAUGGCAACUUCCCUAAUUGUUGCAGAAACAGGAAGUCAGGACGCUCACUUCCUGUUGGCAAAGUCAACAACGCUCAAGAGGGAACCUUUGACAUGUGAGACCAGCAUGCACGGUGUUUUUUUUGGGGAAGAUUGGAAGCGGCGUCGCUACUUGGAACGAUGACGGGAGAGUCAGGUCGGGCGACGAGGGAACAGUCCAAGCGGAACCCAGGUCAGAUAAUCAAAGAUAAAGGAUCGGGAAUCGGGUAGAACACGUGUAUUGCACUUUCACAGGGAAAGGAAAAGAAAUGUAGACUUGUGGCAGAUAGAACACUCCUUAGCAUCCUGAACCGUCGCGGCGCUUCAGGAAGCCGUGUCGGCGGUCCACUAAGUGGUUCUGUUGUGGUUGUGACGUUGUCAAACUAUUCACGUCACGGUAGACAACAAGACGUGUACUUGUGGAGUAAAUCAAUGUUUUUAUUAAAUGCUUCGUGUUUGUGUGUGUGCACUUUGUGUUGCGAUGAUGACACCGAGUGUCCUGCAUGGGUUUCCUGUACUGUUUUUGUAUUUUACUCCUGCUUUGUGUUUAUUGUUUGCACUUUAUUGUUGAAAUGUUUUGUUGACGUCGGUCCAAGUGUAAAAAAAAAACAUAAAACAAGACUAAUCAGCGAAAUGCACCUUUCAUUUCCCUCCCCGUCUUAUUUCAUGUUUGUUGUGGAGAGAAACAAAGUGACUAGCUCGUGUGAUGGAUCUAUUUUCCUACGCCGCCUGAAGGGAAUAAAACGUGAUGUUGACGAGCUGA